UUGGACUCUUCUGCUACUAAGCCAUCUACAGCUCCGAGUUGGGUUUGGGCCGGGUCCAUAAGAGUUCCACAAUUAUGUGGAGGCUGCGCCCCAAAUUGGUUGAACCUUAAUUUGCAUGAGUUUAGCUAAACAAAUAAUCGAUUAAAAAAAAUAAUUACGGUUAAGAACUCCCCAACAUCCCACGCUAACCCAUGAAAAGCAUAUCAAUUGUGUGACUAAUUACACACACGGCACAUAGUAACAUUUUGUUGUCCCCUACUCACCCGAAAAUGCCAUUUGUGCCCGUCUAACGAACCAAAACAGUUUUUUUUUUUAUAUUUAAAAUCAGUGCAUUACAUAACAUACGAGUUGGAUACUAGUAAUAAAUUUCAUAUAAUUUAUUUGUACGCUUCUUUUGAACGAUACCAACUUAUGAGAAACAACUUUAUGAACAGAGCAUAUCUUGUAUCAUAGAAAUUAAAAGAUGGGAGCAAAUAUAGUUUCAUACCACAUUAAGAACCUGUACAUCUUUCAUACUACAUUAAUUACCAGUAAUACGUCUUAUUAGCUCAUUAUUAAAAAAAGUCGCUCGUUUUUCUCUCUUCCUUUUGCUAGAAUGGCACGACGGCGGCGGUUGAUGCUUCUUGUUGCCGCUGCCAGCCUCCGACGACGACAAGAGACAGUGGGGAAAGAAUUCGUCACAAAAUCACCAACCUACAGCUUUUGUUUUGUAUUUCUUCUAUAAGAAGAAGAAUUGCCUUCUUGCUAUUGACAAUGGCGCCCACAAGUUCGAGGUCUUCAUUUUUAGUGUCAUUAAGUGAACAGUAAUUACGAGAUUGCUUCAAACCAUAAACACAAUGAUCCAACAUAAUACUCAAUAGCACUAAACUAAAAAUAACCUUAACUAAGCCAAGUGACCUAUAGGCUAUAACAAAUAGAAAAGACAAUAUGCAGGUUUUACAUACUCAAAAUGUUAAAUAAACUCGCAAUGUGAUCAAAAUUGUAUAAUAUCCAACUUAUAUAGUUUCAUAAGUCGUAUUCAUCCUUUUCCGAUUAAAAACAGUCGAGAACCACAACUCAUACGUUUAAGAUUACUUCGCUUCUGUAGCCAAACCGUUGUUCUUAGAAUGAUGUAUUAUGAGAAUCAAACCACGAAAACACAUCAUACCAACCUUAUGACGUUAUAUACGCCCUUAAUGAUUCCAUCACGAAAUAUAUUGAAUCUUAUGUUGUUUUUAUUUGGAAGACGCUGUGGACCGUAAGAAUUUUUGCUGUCUAAGAUUCACAUAUUCACCAUCAAAAUAAGGUAUUGUUUCCAAAACAACAAUCUCCAACCCAAAAACAAUGAAACUAAGGUCCCUUUCCAAACUAAACCAACCUCAAAACCACCUUCUUCUCCACCACCUCUCUAUAUUAACUCUCAUCCUUUUCCUCACACCAUUAAACCCUCCUUCCAUGAAAACUAGACGCGUUUGAGCAACACUCGAAGAAGCAAAUUCUGUCACUAGUAAAGAGUCUUUCCUCCUGUUUAGCUCAGUGUAUUUGCAGAAAUACAAGUGGUUAACACUAAUUACAAAUCUUGUGGCCUUCAACUUAACCUACUAGACAUCAGAGCACAAUGGCUACACCAAAACCCAAAAUUCCUCUGUUUUUCAUCUUUCUUCUAACCCAAGCAACCUCCCCUGUUUUUUGUUCUUCUUCUUCCCCUGCAUCGUCCAAAUGCUCAACCCACACAUUCCCCCAAAACAGAGCCUUCCCAUCAUGCGUCGACCUCCCAUACCUCGACUCCUACCUUCACUGGGACUACGAACCAUCCACAGGAAUCCUCCGAAUCGCCUACCGCCACGCCGCAAUCACAUCCCCUGCAUCCACAUGGGUCGCCUGGGCCAUCAACCCUUCCGCCCCUGCCAUGAUCGGCUCCCAAGCUCUCGUCGCCUACCACCGCGACGGCCAGCUCACCGCCUACACUUCCCCUGUCUACGACUACUCCACGUCGCUGAUCGAGGCCAAGCUCAGCGUCGAUGUCAGGGACGUUACGGCGGAGUAUUCAACCGAUGACCGAGAGAUCGCCAUCUUUGCCUACAUUCGGCUGAAGGAGAACACGACGACUCUGAAUCACGUUUGGCAGGACGGGCCGAUGGAUGGGGGUAAGCCCAUUCAGCACUCGACGAGUGGGGGUAAUUUGAAAUCGGCGGGGACUCUGAAUCUUUUGUCCGGACAAUCUGCGGGCGGCGGCGGCGGCGGCGGCGGCGAUGAUCGGAUCAAGAAGAGAAAUGUGGGUACUAGAAAUGCUGCUGGGCUCUGUUUUUUCGGUUAUGGGUUCUUGCUGGUGUUUUCAUUUCUUGUUGGGACUUCUUGAUGGUGUUUGAUGGGAAAGUAUAUGUAUUGCUUAAGGAAGGGUUAAGGUAGUCUAAUAAGGGGAAAUGAGAAAGCUAACAUCUUUGAAGUAAAUAGAUAUGAAAUUUAUAAGUGGUAGUGAAAGCUGGGUUAAUUGCAUGGUUGGUCACUGAGAUUACAAAAAACGUUUAAGUUUGGUUACUCGAAAUAUUUAAAUCCAUUGAUAAUACUUUAGUUUACUGAAACCGUUCACUUUUGGUCACUCUCCGUCCAACUCCGUUAACUUUGGCUGAUGUGGCAGUCAACUCUCAAAGUUGACCGUUAACUUAGUAACGUGAAAACUAAAAAAUUAUUAGAAAAUAAAAUAAUUUUUUUUUUAUAUUUUCCACCUCAUUAUUACAUUCAUUAAAAAAUAAAAAAAACCUAAUUUUUUUUUCUACAAACCCCCAUACCCUACCCAACCCAACCUCCACCGUCGUCGCGGAAUCCGACUAUCGAAGUAACACUCUCCACCACCAUGUAAUGAACCCAAUAUCUAGGAGGAGGUAGUUGUAAGUAGUAGAAUAAGGAAGAUCACUUUAGAUAAUUGUACAAGGCUAUAAAAGCUCUAUCUGGUUGUACUGGAGACAUGAAGAAAUAACAGAAUUCCAAUUCCCUAUUCUCUUCUUCUGCUCUCUCGUUCUAUCCUUCUUCUUCCCCAAGCUUCUGCUUCUGUUCUUCCUUCCCCUCUCAAUUUCUCUUCCCCUCAUUCUUGUCUCUAUCACACUGUUUGCCAAUUAAUUCGUCGGGACAGAUCCAGGAUCAUCACACACUACCACCCGACUCCGACAAUCCGACUCCUGCCCCACCACCACUCGACUUACUACUCCGUGAUCGGUUGCCGUAGCUUUCGUGCCGCUCAAUUGAUGUGUAUCAGCUCACCAGCAACAUCCCAUCAACCAUUCUUUUGAAUAUUGACUAGUUUGGUUUACUCCAAUUUCUCAUGUCAUUUGAUACCUCCACAAUAUUGAACUUAUAAGUUAUAUCUGCACAAGUCAUGCAUGUUCUGUUCAAAUAGCAACAUAAUAUUUUCAUGAGCCAUGAUCAACAAUGGGUUGUUUUCGCUAGUGCUAGUUCCUCCUUCGUCUUGGAUGACUUUCCACCUCAAACUGUGUUUUUUUUACUAGAUAUGACUGCUCGUUUGCGCUUCGAGUAAAAUAUAACAUUGUAAAUAUGUCAUUAUGAUAAAAUAAGUAAAUUGUAACUUAUAUGACAUAACUCAAAAAAUGGCAAUAAAAAUCACUAAAAUGUUGUGGGAGAGGUAUAUAUUAAUUUGCACUCACUGGCCACUGGAUUAUGAAUUUGCGGACAGUGAUCUACAUAUUUGGAACCCAACAACUGUAAAUUAAAGAAUUUAUGAUGUUUUUGCGUUCGAAAUGAAAAAUAACAAAGACA